AUUACAGACUCCAAAUUCAUCUCUUAUCCUCUCUCUCUCUCUCUCUCUCUUUUCUCUGUACGUGUGUAUGUUGUAAUUUUUUUAGGGUUUUAAUUCAUUUCAGAAGCUCACACCUUAUUGUCUUGCUGCGAUUCUCCAUCUCGCACGAUACACAUAGAUGUUAUGGUUCCUAUUGUUUCGCAAUUUCUCCAUUUUCCAUUUCCUUCUUUAAGCAUCACUCAUGAGCCACCAUCACAAAGACCACUCUUCGGCCGUCACCGAAACAACUGGUGAUUCAAAUCCCAAUGACCGACAUAGGGAUUCUUCGUCCGUUGAUUCUCGCCUUUCAGAGGAGCCACUGGUCACUUCGACGGAACAGCUUAGGGUUAGGGUUUGUUCGGAGGGUGACUCUGGACCCGCAUUAUCGACCAUUGAUCGCUUUGAUCAAAUAAACAAUCAUGCUGAAGAGCAUGAUUUUUGUGGUUCUGAUGGUAAGUCUAUGUUAUAUGAUGAAGGGUAUGGUUUUGAAGUGGGUGAAAUGGUGUGGGGAAAGGUGAAAUCUCACCCAUGGUGGCCUGGGCAUAUAUACAAUGAAGCUUUUGCAUCUUCUGCAGUGCGUCGUACAAAGAGGGAAGGUCAUGUCUUGGUGGCUUUCUUUGGUGACAGCAGUUAUGGGUGGUUUGAACCGGCUGAACUCAUCCCCUUCGAUGCGAAUUUCGCCGAGAAAUCGAAGCAGUUAAGUUCCAGACCUUUCUUGAAGGCUGUAGAAGAGGCAGUUGAUGAAGCUAGCAGAAGAUGUGGUCUUGCUUUGGUUUGUAGAUGUAGGAACCCUCCUAAUUUUCGCCCCACCAAUGUUGAAGGUUACUUUUCUGUUCAUGUGCCGGAUUAUGAGCCCGGAGUUUAUUCUAAUGCUCAGAUCAAGAUUGCAAGAAACAGUUUUAGGCCCAUUGAAACGCUUGGCUUUUUAAAGCAAUUGGCCUUCGCACCCCAUGGCGGCGAUCACAGGAGCAUUAGUUUCAGCAAGAAUAAGGCCACUGUUUCUGCUCUUCGACGUGCAUUGUUUGAGCAAUAUGAUGAGACUUAUGCCCAGGCUUUUGGAGUGCAGACUUUGCGCCCUUCUGAUCUUCAGACUAAUCCUCUUGAUCAACCUGUGAGGCAGCCUGCUAAAGCUCCUUUGAGUGGUCCAAUGGUGAUAGCAGAAACUUUGGGCGCUGAGAAGAAGAGCAGUACAAAAUCUGUUAAAGUUAAGGACAAUUUCAAGAAGGAUAAGUAUCUUUUUAAGCGGCGAGAUGAACCCACCAACUCUUUCCAGUUAGCUUCCAGUGAGGAGACACCAGAUGCAGUUGGGCAUUAUGCAUUUCAGAAGAGGCCUAUAGCUUUGUCUGUGGCACCUCAGAUUUUAGAGAAGCAUGAAGACCCAGGGUUUAUAAGCCAGGAUGGUGCAGCUUUAGCUAUAAAUGCCAAAGAAGCUGUCGCAGACCAGGUUCAACCAGACAGCAGUGGUACUGCACCUCAAGAAAUUACCUUAGAUACAAAGCCUUAUCUACUUGACAAGGCCAAAGAAUCUUCUGAAGAAAUGACCAAGAGCUCUGAAGUAGUUGAUGUUGCUAGUAAAAGCAUGGGUAGGCCUGAUUUCUCUGGGGAGAUGGCACUGCCAAGCAUAGUUGAUGAGAAAUCUCUGUCUACCUAUCUGGAGAGUAAAACUAAUAUUGAUGUUAAACAAGAUGGAACUGUAAUAGUGUCAGGACCACAUGAAGAUUUUCAGCAAACAGGGCAUGGAUUUCUGACUUUAGCUGAUGGAGGAAAUGACAUGCAUCAAAUUAAGAGCGCUUCAAAUGUUGUAGAUACUUCACCAGUUGAUAUAAAGCAUCACAAACUUAGUGUUGAUGGGGUGCUGAAGAAGGUAAAAGCUCAUAAGCAGCGUGCAAAUGACUUGAACUCUGAGACUUCUGCUAUUGGGGAAAAAAAGAAGAAGAAAAAGAAAACGAGUUUAAAUUUACAUCCUACCUCUGGCCAUCUGGAGAUGCAAUCUACUACUGAAAAAUCUGUACAUCUAUCAGAAAAAUUGAUUGGAAAACCUGUCUCAAUUGGAUUGGCUCCUAGAGAGGAUUCACAUGGAGAACCAGUGCAGGUGGAUGUUUCUGCCAGUAAUUUGCUGCCCAUGGAUACAGUAGCAAAAGUUGAUUUUGAGUUGCCUCAACUUUUGGGUGAUUUGCAAGCUCUUGCUUUGGAUCCUUUUUAUGGUGUUAAAAGAGGGAUCCCUGCUGCAGUUAGGCAGUUCUUUUUGCGGUUCAGAUCUCUUGUUUACCAGAAAAGCUUAUUUUUAUCCCCAGCAACAGAGAAUGAAGCACCUGAAGUUCAUGUUAUUAAAUCUCCUUCCAGUGUGGGGGCAUCUGACAGUCCUGAUGAUCAUGCCAGAGCUUCACCUCAUGUAAAGCCUGUAAAACACGUUCGGCCUGAUGAUCCAACCAAAGCUGGGCGGAAAAGGGCCCUCUCUGAUCGUCAAGAAGAAAUUAAUGCAAAGAGGCUGAAGAAAACCAAGGAUUUAAAGACACUGGCUGCAGAGAAGAAGGCAGCCAGCCACAAAACUUUUGAAGCCCGGCGAGUAGAGGGAAAAGAAUUAAUGGUCCAGGCUCCACCCAAGAUGGUGAGAUCAGAUUCGACCAGGAAAGUGGAGCGUCCCGCUAAGCCAGUUGAACCAACCAUACUGGUGAUCAAGUUUCCUCCCAAAACUUCACUUCCAUCUGUUGCAGAGCUGAAGGCAAGGUUUGCUCGUUUUGGGCCAAUAGAUCAAUCAGGUCUCCGUGUCUUUUGGAAGACCUCAACAUGUCGAGUUGUUUUCUUGCACAAGAUUGAUGCACAAUCUGCAUAUAAAUAUGCUGUAGCAAACCCAUCCUUGUUUGGCAAUGUGGGUAUGAGAUGCUACCUCCGGGAAUUUGGGGAUUCUUCGUCUGAAGUUGCCAAGGCUAAGGGAGAGGAUGCAGCCAAUGAAACACCUCGGAUGAAGGAUCCUGCAAUGGUUCAACGCCAGACAUCAGUUUCAGCACAGCAACCUCUUCUACAGCCAAUGAUCCAGCUCAAAUCCAUCCUGAAGAAAUCUACUGGGGAUGAGUUAGGCCAGGGAACCGGUAAUGGAGGUAGUAGUAAAGGGACCCCACGGGUAAAAUUCAUGUUAGGUGGGGAAGAAAGUAGUAGGGGAGAGCAAUUAAUGGUGGGUAAUAGAAACAACUUCAACAAUGCUAGUUUUGCUGAUGUGGGUGCAUUUUCUCCUGUUGCUAUGGAUUUUAAUAGUAAGAAUGUUCAAAAGGUCAUUUCUCAACCAUCGUUGCCUAAUCUUCCCCCUCCUACUCAGUUUACGAAAAUCCCUCAACACAAUUUGCAUAAUUCUGAAAUGGCACCCAGAAAUAUUCCCGAUUUUAUAAACACGACCGCAUCAGCUUCUACAACCUCAGUUGAUAUAUCACAGCAGAUGAUAAGCCUUUUGACAAGAUGCAACGAUGUCGUGACUAACUUGACGGAUUUAUUAGGCUAUGUGCCAUACCAUCCACUUUGACAAAAAUGUCACGUACUCAACAGUACACCAAAUCCAAUACAAGAAAAAUGCGGGCGAGUUGGAUUGUGAAUGACUUACCCGAGGAAAUGCAAGAACCAAGAAAUAUAACCGUUCAAGAAUCAAGAGUGAUUUAUUGAGGUUUUUGGGCUUCACAAUGUAAAAUGCAUUUUAGUUGAUAGGGGUAGCUGCUUUUCCAUUUCUGUUUUUCUGAUUUAUCUACAUACUGGGAGGUAGGUUUGGUUUGUUGUUUUAUCAAAGCCUAGAGCACAUAGAUGCUCACAUGUAAUUUUGUACCCAAAAUGGUCGUGGAUAGUGUACGAGUACCUCUAGUUAGUGUUUUCUUUUUUACGCCAUUCACUAGAGCAACGGAUAGCUACUAUUUGGAGCGCUUUUGGGUCUCACUGCGUUGGAAAGAAUGACACAUUGCAAUCCAAAAAAGAGCCUCAAGGUUUAUAUGUGAAUUGUAGUUUUUUCUGUAUUCUAAUUAACUUAAAAUG